AUGGGGUUUGACAUCCACCGUUUUCAGGGCGUUGUCGACGAAGAACUUAUAUGCUCCAUCUGUCAGAGCGUAUUAGAAGAUCCCGUUCAAAUUCAACAGUGCGAACACAGUUACUGCAAUGACUGUAUACGAGAAUGGCUGAAGAGAAAGCGCACUUGUCCUCAGGACUGCAAGGAAGUGUCCGAAAAAGACUUAUUGCCGGCUUCUAGGCUUCUUCGCAACCUUCUUGGUCGAAUGAUAAUAACCUGCGACUUUGUUGACGAGGGAUGUUCGGAGCUAUUGAGUUUGGAUGCUUUGCAGAGUCACGUCAGUACUUGUGUUUAUAAUGCACGACGACUUCAACCGUGUGAUCAAGGAUGCGGAGAGAUUAUUGCAAAGAACGAGGUUUGA